UUUAUACAGUACAACCUCGAAAAUAGGUACUUUGAUAAUGUUGUACCUUCAAGUAUAGAGUGCGCCAUAAUCUUAUCCAGUAUCAACCAUUGGAUGAUAACUUAUCAUGAAGUAUGACGCGUCGAUAGCGACAUUUCAAGUUCUUGCUGGCAAUGUGACUGUGUGGUGAUUAAAAUUUACUGUGUACGGGUGUAAUGAGUGUGUUCUAAACUUAAUACCAAAGAAAAUCUUAAUUUACCGUUACUUCGUGUGAUCAAGCAGCAAUGUCGUUAUUUAAGAAGAAAAACACGAAAUACACGUCUCCUCCCGUACCACCGCCUCCAGUUGAAGACGUGUAUAAUCAAUCUAACGGUGUAGAUAACAACAAUGGUGCUCAAAAGUCACAGUUAGUGUUUCAUUGCCAACAGGCGCAAGGAAGCCCCCUUGGUCUUAUCUCUGGAUUCUCAAAUGUCAAGGAGCUCUAUCAAAAAAUAGCAGAAUGUUACGAUUUCCCACCCGAAGAUAUCCUGUUUUGCACCUUGAAUACUCACAAAGUAGAUAUGAAAAAGCUUUUAGGUGGCCAAAUAGGAUUGGAGGACUUCAUUUUCGCACACCGGAAAGGCAGGCCAAAAGAAAUAGAAAUCGUUAAAACGGAAGAUGCACUCGGUUUAACAAUAACUGACAAUGGAGCUGGUUAUUCAUUUAUCAAGAGAAUAAAAGAAGGUUCAAUUGUAUCAAGGAUACAACAUAUAGAGGUUGGAGAUCACAUUGAACGAUUAGAAGGUGAGAGUAUGGUUGGUAAGAGGCAUUAUGAAGUAGCGAAAUUACUGAAGGAAAUACCAAAAGGCAAGACGUUCACAAUUCGCUUGGUAGAACCGUUAAAAAGCGGAUUUGGUAGCAUUGGUCCGAAAUCUGGUAGUGCAAGAUCUAGCAAGAAACAAAGCUAUGGAUCAGGCAAGGAAACGUUAAGGUUUAAAGCAAAUGGACAAGCCACAAUAGAAAAUGAACAUGACGAAAAAUCAAAGGCCGGAAUAGAGAAGAUCAAUGAGCUCCUAGAGUCAUUUAUGGGAAUUAAUGAUUCCGAGUUGGCGUCACAAAUGUGGGAUCUCGCUGAAGGAAAAACUAAUUCCAUGCAAUUAGCCGAAGCUAUAGACAAUAGCGACUUACAAGAGUUUGGAUUUACCGACGAGUUUAUCAUAGAAUUAUGGGGUGCUAUAACUGAUGCGAGAUCUGGCAGACUGAGUUAAGAUUUUCAACUACUUUAGUUUCCCAAACUUUUGCGUAUCGCCACACAAAACGCCAUUUUGUUUAUAUUGUAAGUUAAAAUGUAUUGUUGAUAAAAUAAUCCAUUAUAAAACGAAGUCCUGAUGUAUUAAAUCCUAACUAAGGGUCAUCUUUAUAACAAGUAGUUAUCUAUUUUGUAUUUGAACUUUCUAAGAUGAUUGAUUUAUUUUAUAAACCAAUUAAAAAAAUAAUAAAACAAAAAAAAUUGUCAUAAAUAUUAAUAGCAUUUAUGACCUGCUUAAAGUGCCUUUUAGAACAAUCUAUUCUAAAUAAUUAAUGUGUAAGUCGUCACAAAUCAUUUCAUUUAUUAUGUAUUAAGGUAAAUGUAUGUACAUAAUAUGUAUUACCAUUCUUCGUGAUUUAUUUAACUAUUUAGGGGAUGUUAACUAUUGAGAAAUGAUCUAUUAUAUUUAUUUCAUUGACAAGGUCCAACAAAACGAUUGCUUAAAACUUACAAUAGCUAGAUUUUAUGUAUAGUACAAACAUGUACAAAUGUUGCUGAAUAAUUAUAAAGAAGGAGAACAGAUUUUAAUCGUUUAUUGGAUAGAGAAAAGUAGUAGAAAUGCAUUUUUUAUUUUAUUUUGUGAUAUUUGCCUAUAUGUACUCAAUUAUUAUGAUGUCAUAUUUGAAAAUGGAAUUUGAAUAAAUUAUUUAUUUCGAAAAUUAUAAGAUAUAGAUAAUUAUUAGACUCAUGUAACUUUGAAAGUAUUGUAUAAUGUGCUAUUGAAACUUUGUUGAUGAUAGCUUUUAGUUAACAUAAUUAGGGACGAAAAGUCAGAUUUUAGAUUUAAUUAUAGAAAUAACUAAGAAAUUAGAUUAACUAAGUAACUUCUUAAAGUUUUUUCUUUUUUUAUAAUAUAUAGAUUGACUGAGGUCUUUUUAUUCUGAUGUAUAAAAUGUGUGCCUUCACAAAAUCGUCUAAAUUGUGUUGAUAUUUUUUUAUAAAUUUAAUUUUAAAAAUAGAUUGUACCUAAUAUAAAUAAAAAUUAUAUUUUGUUCUA